AUGUUCCUUUUUUCGACGUUGAUAUCCGCUGUGGAUCCAGUGGCUGUCCUUUGUGUAUUUGAAGAAAUUCAUGUUAACCAACUACUUUAUAUCUGUGUGUUUGGUGAAUCACUGUUAAACGACGCCGUAACAAUUGUGCUUUAUCAAACCUUCAAUGCUAUGGUGGAUGCACGUACUCUUACGGGUGCAGAUUAUGCUACAGCUGCUUCUUCAUUUUUUGUUGUUUCAUUUGGUGGUUUAUUAAUUGGACUGAUUUGGGCUAUUCUUACAGGCUUUACAACCAAGCACUCUCAGCAUCUGAAUGUUGUCCAACCACUAAUAUGUUUGCUUUUUCCAUACCUUGCGUACUUGACAGCAGAAAUGGUCGCUAUGUCCGGCAUUUUAGCAAUCGUUAUAUGUGGACUAACCAUGAAGCAGUUUGUUGUCGGCAAUUUGUCGCGAAAAUCUCUCGUUACUGUGCAAUACUUUAUGAAAACACUCUCAUCAAGUUGUGAAGCUCUAAUUUUCGUUUAUCUCGGCAUAUCAGCUGUUUCAAAGAAUCAUGAUUGGGAUGCCGUGUUUAUUGUUGGCACUUUAAUCAGUUGUCUUGUUCAGCGAUUCAUCGGAGUUUUCUUUCUCACGUAUGUUUUAAAUAUACAUCGAGUGCAGAAAAUUGACCUGGUUGAUCAAUUUAUCAUGAGUUACGGCGGUAUUCGAGGUGCUGUAUGUUAUGGCCUUGUUAUGUCGCUUGACCCUUCAGCAGUGAAGGCUAAAAACAUGUUCGCAUCCUGUACUGUUGUUGUCAUAUUAUUUACUGUUUUUGUACAGGUGAUCAACAAUAUGAUGGCUGGUGUAGAAGGAAUAACUGGUUAUCAUGGACAAUAUUGGUAUCGUCAAGCAUUCAAUAAGUUUACGGAGAAUUACGUGAAACCGUAUUUAAUGAGUAAUGCAAAAUCUGGAGCGGAUCGUCUAAUUGAUUAUCACGAACAUAUUCAGGUAAAAGAAGCAGUUCAGCAUCUAAAAGUACAUGGUAGUUUUGUCGGUUUGCCAACCGCGCAAAGUAAAGUGAAUUUAGAACAAGCGACGACUGAAACCAAGCAACCACUGGUCGUGGGCGAUCAGAAAUACACAAGAAGCAAUCUGGAAGCCAACGGUUUAACUACGUCGGCUGAAAUACGAAUGAAAAUUCCUCGUAAUGAAUCAAUCAGCAUAUUUCUAAGAGAUAAAUUCAAUGAGCUCAAUUCGCCUGUAUCAACUGGUGUUUAUAGCCGACAUUUGUUAGAUGUUGAUAAUACACCACGUGCAUCUUCCAAACGGCAGGAUUUUUACAAAGGUAGUUCAUUUGACGCACUUGAUAGCGAGGCAUAUAAUAUGACUUAUCCAUACUGCAAAAAUACUCGCAUAAGGCGACAGACAGCGUACGAUGUUGCUAAUUCCGAUCAAACAGAUAAACAUCCGAGAAAGACUACCAUCGCGUUGCAUAGAAAUUCUGACAGUGAUGCACUUACUUUCAGAAUCGAUUCUUUAAAACCUCGUUUUUUGAUUACUAGCGAAUCUAAUCCUGCUUCACCACUCAAUACGCCACGUUAUUUACACCGAAAGAGUUCCGAACAAGAUUUGCAGGAAAGUACGAUUUCAGAUUUUCACUUUGCAUCAUGUGAAAAAUUACAAUUGGAAGAAAGACCGAGGAAGCUCUCAGCAGGUCUCAAAGCCUCUUUAGCGAAAGAAGCAAGCGAGAAAACUACUUUAUCACCAGUGCAUGAAGACGAUGAAAAUACUGGCUCACCUAGCAACGAACGAAGCAAAUCCAGCUGA